AUGACACAGAGUGAUCGCAUGGAGACUGUUCUGCAUAUGGCAUCAGACGAGGCACAAGGAGCAUUCACAUAUCGCCAGAUAUACGAUGAGACCCUUCAGAUGAUGCCCGCAUUCGAUGAGUUUGGCAGACUGACAGAGCCUGGAGAGGCUGCACCUCCGCCGGCAGUGGUGCAGACAGUGGAACCGCCUCGUCAUCCGCGUGUUAGCCAGCGUGCACGCCACGAGGGAUUGCCACUGCAUCAUCAGGCUCCCGCUAUGGCUGAUAGGCCUGUGCUUGUGCAGUCUCUUCCGCCCCGUCCAGCCGGUCAGUUUUAUGCCCCAGCUUACCCCCCAGGUGGGCUGUCGCAGCCUUACUGGUGGCCUCCCCCAGGCGGUCCGUCUCGGCCUAGCGGGUCAUCGACUCACUUCGAGUACCCAUGGUUUUCAGCACCGACGCAGUCGUACCCUGGAUAUCAGCCACACUUCACUCAGCCAUUCCCAGGUCAGCAGUUCCCAGGUCAGACCAGCGGUCCAUCUUAUUCUCAUGCUGAGCCUUCUGCGCACGAGCACAGCCAGUUUCCAGGACAGUCCAGUUCGCAGCCUCAGCCUGGUCUGGAAGAGUUCACAGAGGAUUACAUACCCACAUUUGAUUCCCCUGCCGUCAUGGCCACGCCGGAGGCAUUUUCGGCUGACUUCUUUCAGUCACCCUCAUCUGGUCCUACAGGUUUGCUUGCGCAAGAGGACAUUGCGGGUACUUUGGAAGAUAUUGAUGCAGACGCAGGAGCGGAAGCAGCCGUUGCACCCGGAGGAGACGGUGAAGACGUGGUCAGGCGUAAUCCAGAUAGACAGGCCAGGGAGCGCUGUUUCUUGUCACCAUAUGAGAAUAACCAGGCACGUUGUUCCAAGUAUCAUGGGCGGCCGCGACAGUAG